GGAAGUGUGUUUGUUAGGGAUUCUCACCAACGAGACACGGGUUAUCUCUUCAGUAGAGACGACAGAGGGACUCCGAGCGGCAGCGAACAGGUGUUUUUUCCAGACAGACUUUUGAGCCAUCUUACCGACUGGGAGAACUCAAGUGUAAACUGUACUCUGAUAUGCUACAGGAGUGAGGUCCAGCAGGGAUACUGCCUACACCUCCCCUCAUAUUCCCACUCCUCAACCAAGCUGAGCAAGGACAUCAGGUAUGAUGGGAGUCACUGUGUUUUGUGUGGUGGUGCUAGCAAUCAUCUGUCACAGCCACAGCCGGGAAAUACAAAACCCACUCUACAGGUUCAGAAGGUCUCAGGAAAAUGUCCUGUCAGAUCCCGGUGAAUGUGUGUCCAGGACCAAGCCGGUCUUAACAAACUCUCACAAUUUCUCUGUGGAUAUUCAGAUGCCUGGUGUCAUCCCAGCUGGGUCGGACACUUACCUGUGCACAGCAUUUCCUGUGCCUACUAGUCGUGAUGCAUAUAUUGUGGACUUCAUACCUCAUGCCAGUAUGGACACAGUUCAUCACAUGCUCCUGUUUGGCUGUCAGACUCCAGCGUCUACCAGCAGCUACUGGGACUGUGGCAGCGUACAAGGCACUUGUGAGGAUGAGGCCUCCAUCAUGUACGCCUGGGCUCGGAAUGCACCACCUACUAAAUUACCUAAAGACGUUGGUUUUAAAGUUGGAAGGAAUUCAGGAAUGACCCACUUUGUGCUGCAGAUUCAUUAUGGAGAUGCCAGUGCUUUCAGAGACCAUCAUAGAGACUGCUCAGGACUUACCUUAAGAAUGACAACCAAACUGCAGCCGUUCAUUGCUGGCAUAUACCUGCUCAUGUCUGUGGAUACAGUUAUCCUUCCAGGAAAAAGAGUUACAAAUGCAGACAUCGCCUGUGACUACACUUCAUAUCCCAUCUACCCGUUUGCCUUCAGGACCCACACACACCAUCUCGGUCAAGUGGUCAGUGGCUACAGGAUCCGAGACGGGAAGUGGAGCCUUAUUGGGAGACAGUCCCCUCAGCUUCCACAGGCUUUCUAUCCUGCUGCCAACGAGUUGAAUGUGAAGUAUGGUGACACCAUUGCAGCCAGAUGUGUGUUUAGUGGGGAGGGCAGAACCUCCAAAACUUAUAUUGGUGGUACCUCUGCUGAUGAAAUGUGCAACUUCUAUAUAAUGUACUACAUGGACAGCAAACACGCCAUCCCCUACAUGAACUGCAUGGAGCCUGGCUCCAAAGAGCUGUUUGAACAUAUUCCAGCUGAGGCCAAUGUUCCUGUGGCUGUUAGUCCAGCUGACAUGAACUCUAUGAUGCAUAUGGGCCACUCAACAGAUCAUCAAGAUCACAGACAGCUUCUGGAUUCAAGCAAGACAGAGCAGGUUUUGGAUCAGGGUGACCUCUUUUCUCUUAUGUCCAAGCUGCUAGGCCACAGCAAGGACAUAGUUCACAUUCAUAAGUACAACCCCAGCGAGAUGCAGAGAGCCCAGGCUGAUUUGGUGGCUCAGAUCGAUAGCUUAAUGCAAAAGAAAGACCUGGGCUCUCCCAGUGCCAGACUAGCCUUCCAAACCAGGGAAGAUCCUGUUUUGCUGAGGGACAGGGUCCACAAAUUCCACCAGCUUGAGGCCACGGCUAAGCCGCCAAGAAGCAAGCUGCUAGAUGAAGGACAAGACUACCAUUUGGAGCAAGUCUCAGCAUGGCCUCAGAAUUCUCUCAAGCUGGGUCAGGUGUCAGGACUUGCCCUCGACUCAGAUUCUAACCUGGUCAUUUUCCAUAGAGGUGACCACCACUGGGGGGCAGACUCCUUUAACGACCAGGCGAGAUACCUGCAGAGGUCCCAAGGUCCUAUUCAACAGUCCACUAUUCUGGUAGUUGACCCAACCAAAGGCAACAUCCUGAAGGCUUCUGGUAGAGACAUGUUCUAUUUGCCUCAUGGAAUAACUACAGACAAGAGGAAUAAUUACUGGGUCACUGAUGUGGCUCUUCAUCAGGUGUUUAAAGUGAGCAGUGAUGGCAGAGACAGUGUGCUGCUGAAACUGGGAGAGGCUUUCACACCAGGAAGUGACAACAGCCACUUCUGCCAGCCCACCGAUGUGGCUGUAGACCCUGAGACUGGGAACGUCUUUGUGUCUGAUGGCUACUGCAAUGCCAGGAUACUCAAGUUCUCUGCAGAUGGUGAAUACCUGUCUCAGUGGGGUGCAGGGUCAUCAGACAGGAGGAGGCGCGUACCGUUCUGGAUCCCGCACAGUCUAGUGUUCCUUCCUGACAGACAGGAAGUUUGUGUGGCUGACAGGGAGAACGGACGUAUCCAGUGCUUCAUAGCCGAAACUGGAGAGUUUGUCAAAGAAAUAAAGAAAGAGGAGUUCGGAGGGGAGGUGUUUGCCAUCACCUACAGCCCUGCUGGAGAUGGCUUGAUCUUUGCAGUAAAUGGAGUCUCUCCAUAUCGCUCAGCUCCACUCAGAGGUUUUGUAAUAAAUUAUUCAACAACGGACAUUUUGGAUACCUUCAGCCCUGAGAAAACGGAGUUUAAAAUGCCUCAUGACAUUGUUGAAACCAAGGACGGCAGCAUCUUCGUCGGAGAUGUAGGCACUAAAUCAGUCUUCAAGUUCACCACUGAGAAGUUACAUCGUUCUGUCAAGAAAGCUGGAAUCGAGGUUCAAGAACUUGAAGAAAUGGAGACAUUUGUCCAAACGAAGGUGAGGCCAGAUCACAACAUGUCGAAGACAGCAGCCGUCCAAGAGAAGCAAACUGUGGCUCUACAGCCUCAACCACAACAAGAGACAGAGGAGGAGAAGAAGAAGAAUGCAACAAAGUCAAACAGAGGGCAGGGUGUACUCCCAGCCAUUAUCACCACCCUGCUGCUCGUCCCUCUGCUGCUGGUCAUCUCUGUUGGAGUCUUUAUCUGCUGGAGGAAAAACAACCGAUGUGAGGUGAAAACUGAACCCAGCUCUGUGGGAGGGAUCUUGGGAAAAAUAAGAGGUAAAGCUGUGGGCAGUCUGAACCUGGGGAACUUCUUUGCAUCCCAUAAGGGUUAUAGUCGUCAGGGCUUUGACCAGCUGAGCACUGAAGGCAGCGACCAGGAGAGGAACGACGAGGACAGCAGCGACUCGGAGAACGAAGAGUACUCUGCUCUGCCUCCUCCUCAGUCCUCCUCGUAGACACUCUGGGUACAGCCACCAACCUUCUGCUUUCUCUGCCAAUCCAAGAUGUAUGUUCUUCAUCAUGUGUGUAACUGUUGUGUUAGCUGCCAAUCUUAUUGUUUAUAUAUUUAAAAAAGAUGCUGUAUAUAAAAAUAAUUAGCCUAAUUUAGACAGUUUAUUUAAAAUUUAUUUAAUUUACCCAAAGUCUGGAUACAACCUUGGUGAUACAAUUCACAAGUUUUACUUUGAAAGAUUGUUUUUCCCAAAUCAAACUUGCAUUUAGUGAAAUUAUUAGCACAAUUCGCAGUUUGAAAUAGCUGGUGUAAGGUUUAGCCUUGAUACAAGACCAAAUCUGCCAGCGAGCUGAGAUAACUUUUUUUUCCAUACUAUUGUUUCGCUUCUUUUAGGGAUUUGCUUGAAAUGAGGAUCAGCAAAAAAAUUCAAUGAAAUUCUCAAAAUAAGCUGUUUAGUGUUGGAAACAGGUCAAACAAAACAAAGCCCAUUGCUGGAAUUUUAUUUUCAUUUGUAAGAAACUAAACAAAACUUCAAAGGGACAUUUCUGGGACUGAAAUGUGGUCAAGUAUUUCACACUUCGUCAGCUAAUGUUAUUUUUUGUAUUUUUGUACUCAAAGUGACCUGUUUGAAAACCUGAAAGGCUCUGUUUUCAUGGCAGCGCUCUGACCAGCUUAAGCAGCACUGUGGCAGUUUAGGGAAGAGAAGUGCCAACAAGUGGAAGUGCAGAGUCUUUGAUAUUUUGGAACAAGUUGGGUCUUAUGUAGAUGUUGCGCUGAGAAUAGAUGUCUCAGAACCAUGUCUGUUCCUGGAAAAACAUCACUCUACUGCCAAUUUGUUGAUUCUGUCAUCAAGAGAAACUAAAUCCUCGGAGAGAAUAUUGUAAUUAAACUCUGAGAAGAAGAUGCAUUUAAAAUGGCAAAAAAAAAUCCAAUGUAAAGUACCUGAAAGUAACUUAUGGAACAUCAGUAAAUCAGUGACCUAUGAAUUAAUUUGAGGGACUUUUACAGUAUCAGUCAUGCACAGCUGCUUUAUAAUGUAUGAAAAGGUUCUGAUUUAAGAAGUGCCGCUGGAGAGCUAUGGCCAUUCACUAUGUUUACCUUGAAUACAGGGUGCCACAAAAUAACCCUACACACCUCCACAUACAUCAGACUGGUCAGUUCUGAAUUGCAGGAUGUAUUCUCACUAUUAAUGAGUGAGACAUCAGGUUAAAGGGGUUCAUAAAUCCAAUUUUAGCAAAAGUGCCAUUACAUUCAAUAUGAUGGGACCAUUAGCAUCCUGAGAUACAAUAGGAUUAAAGGGAUACAAAAUGACCACUUAUAUAUCAUUUACUCACCCGUGUUAAAUGAAUUAGUAAAGAAAACUGAAUGGAUAAUCCAAAACUGAAGAAAACUCUUGAUAAUUUGCAGUAAAGGGGACUGCAUUAAAUAACAGGAAAACUAUCAACACAUCCCAGCCAAGUCUGAUUUAUCCAGUUGUAUGCUCAGUAAUUAACAAACACAUGCCUUUUUGCUAAAACAUUACUAUUUAAAAACGUUUCCACAAAAACAGCCUUACACACAGACUUAGAUAAGAUCAGAUAAGAUCCUUUGUUCACUGUGGAGGCAUUUGAGAAAGUUUUCUUCAUUAAUUCAAUAUAACACAGGUUGAAGUAUUCCUGUAAGACUGAAACGGUGUCGGAUUGAUGCGGUCAUGUAAAUGACAUUUUUUAAAUACAUCUUUGUGUUGUCUUUGUAGCAAUUAUCUGUAAAAUCCCACACCAAGCUUCUCUGCUCCAUCCAGACAACAAUGUGAUUUCCUGGAAAAGUCGAUUAUUCUUUUGUUGAGCUGUUGCUGUCAGACCUCACUGUGAUUGACUUAGCUCUUUCAAGACGAUGAGAGCAGUGAUGUGAUUGGCUGUAUUUAUUAAUCACUAUACCGUCUCAUCUACAUUCCACUUCACUCCACCAUAUAGCACUUUGUGCUGCUCAACUAAAAUAGCAGGCGAGCUUGGAGAGGCUCACACAGUCUGUGGUCCCAGGAUGUCCUGCUUUGUGCUGCUCACUGUGCUUUUCCAUUAAAAUAGAGCCCUAAGAAAGAAACAGAGAUGCUCUGUUGGCUGUUUAUGUUGCUGUUCAGUGUUUUGGUUACGCCGAGUCAGAACUGGACAUAAGUAAAGUGUUUUUCAUGACAUUUCAAUAUCUGAUUAACGAUUCAAUUAGCAGGAUUAAUUACAGAAAUUUUGCAAGUUUAUCUAGAUUUCAAAAAUGCAACGUUUAACAGCACUGAUAUUGUGUAGAUGGUUUACUUUGACUGGAAAAGUGCAUCCUUCCUUACAUAAAUCUCUUCCAUGUAGUAAAGCUACACACAUAGCAUUAUUUCAGUAUGAUUGUUUGGUCCAUGUUUCAAUUUGGUAACAUUUCACUUGUAAUUUUGUGCCUUUUUUAUGUCUGUAUUUUGCCUUUCUUCAGCACCUGCCAUUACAAAAUGUACCAUGGGAUGAAAACAGCUGCUGCUAGUAGAGCUUGUACUAUAUUGAUUUCUCUUCCAUUCAAGUGUACAGAAAAUAGAUAUUAUUACAUAUAUAUAUGUAUAUGUAUAUUAAUGUCUGUAUGUAUGUAUGUAUGUGUGUGUGUGUGUGUGUGUGUGUGUGUGUGUAAGAUGCCAAUCAAACAGCCAAGUCUCAAGCACUGUAACUUUUACAUCAAACUCCCUCACUUCAGAGUUCAGACUAUAAAGAAACAGCAUGAAUUAAGAAACAGUUGCUUUGUCCAUCUUCUGUAACUUAAAUGAACCACGUUGCUCUGUUUGCAAGUUUUAGCUCUUUACUUACAAAUUGUUUAUGAUUGAUGUGUUUGCUCUUAACCUAAUAUACAUAUACUUAAGUCACAAUAUAAUAUUAUUGCGAUUUUAAAUGUAUUGUGAUAUGCUGAGCACUGCGAUAAAAUGAAAAUUAUGUCCCCAAAGGAAAAUUUUGUCAACAUCUGUUUUAUCUAAUAAGAUAAAUUAUUAAUAUGACAAAUUCAAAUUAAACAUUAGGUUGCCUACUAGAAUAAUAUAAUCAAUUGCUUUUUCAGUCCACUACAUAUAUUUUGCUGCAAGUAAAAUUACUGAAAUGAAUGGAAAACUUUAUGUAGUAAAAAAAAAAAGAAAAGAAAUCAGUACUUGUGUGAGGAUACGAUAUUGCCACACAAAAAUAUUGUGAUAUUAUGCGGUAUCCAUUUUGUUCCCCCACCCCUAAAAGAUACUCAUUAUCAUAGACAGUAAAGAAAACCAGCAAAUAUUCAGUUCAGAGAAACUGGAGCCAGUGGAGUGUUGGCAUUGUUGCUUAAUAAAUGUGCUGCUUAAAGGGAUAGUUCAGAUUUUUUGAAGUGGGGUGUUAUGGGGUACUUAUCCAUAGUCUGUGUAUUAUUUAUUUAUUUAACAGGGACAGUGCACUGCUACCUAGCUGCACCAGCGUUAGCUAUACGCUAAUUUUCAUCUGUAGUCCCAGCGCAGGAAAUAAUUUAUCUGCUAAAAGACAUUAAUUGUAUAAAAAACACAAUUACAAAAUAGAACCUAUUUAUGACACAAUGGUUUCAGCAAUAACAACAGCAAGACAACACAAUAUCAAAUCAUUGCAACAAUAAAAGUAGCAACAACAAUAAAACUACGACCCUAAGACACCACCACAACAACAACAACAACAAUGAAACUACAACAUAAAGAUAUAACAAGAUUUCACAGUGUUAGAUCAAGUGUUCAUGUGUGAUGGGUACAUGAUUGGGUUGAUUUUAGCCAUGAUUUCAUCUUAAAUUUAAAGCCAACAACAUAUACAUAUAGACUAAACAAAAGAGGUCCUAAGAUUGAGCCUUGUGGAACACCAACAGAGCAAUCAGCAAAUGAUGAGGUCCUAUUCCCAAUUCUAGUACAUUGUCUUCUCCAUCCAUUUGAUUGCAUCAAUGGAGAAAUUAAAAGUGGAUCAUUUAGAAAGAGGAACAUUAUGAUUUACAGUAUCAAAUGCUUUUCUCCAAAAAUACAGCUCCUACAGCAUCUACUAUUCUGUGCAACUUUAAUUAGAUUUUUCCAAUGAAAUAGCAGGCAGCCAUUUUAAUUGAAUGUAUUUUUCUGAAGCCAAAUUGCAUGGGAUGAAGUACAGCUUGUCCUGAGUUUAAAAAGUCAGUUAAUUGUUCAGUAAAAGUAAAUUUCUUAAUACAGCAGAUGUCAGUCGGCACACCCCCAGUUAGGAGAAGUAGGCAGGAAUCCAACAUGGAAGUUAAGCAAUGUUCUUCUGUGGAGGGGUCAGCAACAAAACAUAUUUCAGCCACCUAAAAAAAAGUCCUUCUUAAAAAAAAUCAUUAUCAGUUUAAGUGUACAUUAUAUUGAGUGUUUUCAUUCCGUCACACAGCUCAUUUCGAUGGGGAAGAUAUUACUGUUUUAAGUUCCCCAUGUAUACUCUUGUCAACACCACCAGACUCCAAACUGGGAACAAGCUGACUGACAUCUACUGUAUAUAAUAUACUGUCUAUGGACAAGUGCCUGAUACAACCCCACUUAAAAAAAAUCUGAACUAUCUUAAAUAUUAAUGAUUAAUGGAUUUUAAAAAUAGUUUGAGAUGAAAUACCUUUAAGUCAAAUUGAAAAUUAAUACAUUAAAAUCAACUGCUUCAGUGCUAUAAUUAUUGUAUGGAAAACCAGUGGAUACCUGGAAAAGUGAAAAGGAAUACAUUCAGUUUUUCUUAUCACAGGAUCACGCAGCAUGUUUUACAAAAUGUUCAGCUGUGAUUUAAAGAAUACAAUGUGUAGCAAAUGGGCUAAAACAUGCAGUGGACCAAUUUUUGUGGUUCUUAAAAUGUUUGUCUUCUUUACAGCUGCAGGUGCAUGUCUGCAUUUAAAUUGUUCUGUUUCAGCAAUGUAAUAUUGUGUAUAUUGUGAACCAUUGUGCACAUUGUCCCAAACUGAAAGUUUCUGACAACUACAAUUAAGUACAUUGCUUGAGAUUUAACUGGAAAUUACAAAAUUGUUAAUUGAUCAUGUCUGAUCUGAUCAAUUAAUACAUUUCUAGGAAUGAAUGGAAAACUGAGAAUAUAGGAAACAUGUUCACUCAGACCCACAGCACAAGUCAUAGGUUGUCAAAGGAAGUUGUUCAGUGAAAUCUGAAUCAAGCACGAGUCCCCCAGAUUACAAUGCAACAAUUAAUGUCCAUCGAAAUCUAUCUCACAGCACACAACUCAUGUAAAAUACACAGAAACACAAAGACGGUGGGAUGAAGAGGAUGUUUGUCUAAUCAGAAUACUCUGUUUCAUUCUGUAUUCUCAGGUUUCAUUUCAUUUGCUCAAUCUUUCAUUCCAUCUUCUUAAAUUCCAUCCUGUAUUCUCCUACCCUUUUUAGAUAUUUCUGGUUCUGUCCAUACCCUCAGUUUGCCUUACACUUUGAAUGAAUGGUUUCCUUAACGGCAUGCCAUAGAAAAUGCAUUUCUGAUGUUGCAGUCACAUGAAGGCUAACUGAUAUUUAUUUUGACACACUGGUUUUGCUGCAAGAGUACUAUUUUCAGUAACUAUGUUAUUUGUGUAAUAAAGUAUCUGCAAAGCA